AUGGCGCGCGCCCAGCAAGAGCUUCUCACACACUCAAAACGGUCUGGCGGCCAUCUAAAGACGCACAAAGGAAAGAACUUCAACAGAGAAAAAAAGAAGCUCAAGAAAGGAAUGGUCAAGCUUGGAAAAAUAGACACAACGGUUAAAUCAAUCAAGUUUGAAGACUGA